CAGCCCGAGCCGAAUGGAGCAUGUUAGUUUAAAGUCGUCUGUCAGUGACGGAGACAGUGCGUGAGCAGGAGGAAGAGUGGGCUUCCUUCACUUCAGGGCGAGAAAAGAGGAGGGACUUGCGCAGAGUGGGUUAAUGUCCGCUGUGAGUUUAGACAGAGCGGCACAGCGCAACAUCUCUCCCGCUGACUCGUCUCGCUCCUGACCGGACACACUCCACGCUGUGGGUCUCCAAAGUCUCCACGUGGAUUUUCCGCUGUUCCUCAGAGUAUCCCCAGCACCCAAACUGCAUCCGAGCGCGCGGCGCAAGUAUCUCAUCGCUCCCUUUUGCGCGCGGUCAUUUCACCAAUAUCCCACGCUUAUCUUUUCUGCGCUCCACGCAUUCCGAUCCCUGAGCGUCAGCCACGACCGCGGGUGAUUGCUCUUUCUCACAUUCUAGCCAGAGAAAUUAAUUUCGCUUUGAGUACGGACUGAUAAUUGCCCGGUUUUCUUUCAUGGGGAUUUAGUGUCGUGACAUGCUUUCAGGACCCGAGGUCUCCACACAGAAAUGGGCCUCUGUGCAUUUAUGGUUACAUGAAUGUCAGCGUUGCAGGCCAGAUGCCGGUGAUGGAGGAGCUUAUCAAUGAGAGCGACAGCAUGCCACAGCGAAUAGCUCUGAUCUGCUUCCUGUCUCUGGUCAUGCUGAUGAGUGUCCUGGGAAACCUGCUAGUAAUGGUGGCCGUCUGCAAGGACAGACAACUCAGGAAAAUUAAAACCAACUACUUCAUUGUGUCCCUGGCGUUUGCUGACUUGCUCGUGUCAGUGCUGGUGAUGCCAUUUGGGGCCAUUGAACUGGUCCACCAGCACUGGAUCUACGGUGAGACGUUCUGUCUGGUUCGGACAUCGCUGGACGUCCUGCUGACCACCGCCUCCAUACUGCACCUGUGCUGCAUUGCUCUGGAUAGGUACUACGCUAUCUGCUGCCAGCCUCUGGUCUACCGGAACAAAAUGACGCCCAUGCGAGUGGCUUUAAUGAUUGGUGGCUGCUGGGUCAUUCCCACUUUCAUCUCUUUCCUGCCCAUCAUGCAGGGCUGGAACAGCAUCGGCAUUGACGACCUGAUUGAGAAGAGGCGCCACAGCGGAGGCAGCAACUCCACCUCUUGUGUCUUCAUGGUCAACAAGCCAUAUGCUCUCACCUGCUCUGUGGUAGCCUUCUACAUCCCUCUGGUCCUCAUGGUGCUGGCUUACCAGAGGAUCUACAUCACAGCUCGAGCACACGCUCUACAGAUCAGCAUGCUGCAACGGGCAGGGGGAGCCGGGGCCAGCACGCCCGGUACCUCAGGUGCUGGCACUGGGGUCAACGCAGGUGCAGAUUCAGCUGAUCAUCAACGCAACCAUCGUAUGCGAACUGAAACCAAGGCAGCAAAGACUCUGUGCAUCAUUAUGGGGUGUUUCUGCCUCUGUUGGGCACCAUUCUUUGUCACCAACAUAGUGGACCCCUUUAUAGAUUACACAGUACCCGACCAGCUGUGGACCGCCUGCCUGUGGCUGGGUUACAUCAACUCCAUGCUGAACCCAAUCCUUUAUGCCUUCCUAAACAAGUCCUUCCGUCGUGCCUUCCUCAUCAUCUUGUGUUGUGGGAGGAAGAGGUACCGCAGGCCGUCCAUCCUGGCUCCCAGUAACACCUGUGCAGCCACACAGAUCAACGGCUCUACACAUGUCCUCAAGUAUUCUGUCCUUCACAACGGAAACCACAAAGAGCAGGAAAAUAAGUCUCUGUACACAAACACAGACUCCCAUGAGUCCUGCUUGUGACCAACAAUGCCCCCACAGUCACAACUCCGACGGCAUCGACUCUCACAACACCAACACAGAGACGAUGGAGUCGCACCGCAGCCUUCAUACACACCCAGAACAGUAUUACCAGCUGUGAUCGAAGCCAGAGCCCAGCAGGGACCUUAGUGAUCCGAAGAGAGGAGCAGGACAUGACCACUGGUUCUGAAUCUCAGCCAAAACUUGAACUGAGAUUUUGUAAUGUCUGAGUGGCAGGGGGCGGGCGGUUAAAACCAGCUUCCUGUCUCUCUAAUGCUGGUUCUGUUUUGUUCUUGUGAGACUGAGCUGGCCCAGUCGAACUCAGUGUUCAGUGGAGAACCAGCAGCUGUGGUGCAGUGUACCAGAGAAUUUCCCAGCAGAUGACUGCACUAGGAAGUCGUGGAGGUGAAUUACAUUGCCAAAGUGAUUUUCAUACACAUACAUUGGACCUGUUUCUGAUUAUUAUAUGAUGCUCCAUGUUGUUUUCCAGUAAGAAAUUUAGAUCAUAGGUUGUUCCUUGUAAAAUGACAAUAAGUUGGCAGGAAUGAGCUCAUGAAACAAGUGUAAAGCAUGAAAAGAGGAGCCCUUAGAACAAUACUUUUUUAUUAUUAUUAUUAUUAUUGGUAAACAUCACAUUAAACAUCACUUGUCUUUGCCUUGACUCAGCUGAAAAACCUUUGUCUACCAUGUCGAAGCAUUGCAGCGCUGCUAAAUCCUUACUAAGCUGAGAGGAAAUGUGGUUAAGAGGCUACAUGAAAUCCUUGACCCAAACUGUCAAAGUGCGUUGUCAUAGAGGUGGCCAGCUCUCACUACUGAGUUCAUCACUCCCAAGGCUCCAUCUGAAUGAUUGUUUGGUUGAGAAGAGCACAGCACAUGAAAGUGGCUCAUGAAUAAGUCAGAAGACUUCACAAUGAAGUUAGAACAUGUGCUUGUUUUGUGUGUUUCCAUGGAGAUGCGUGUGUAAGUGUGCAUCUUUUAAGUGUGAUGCCAAGAACGUAUGAGACUUUUUCCCCCCUCCAAUCAUACCACGCUGUGUUCCACUCCAUGCCGACACAUCCUAGCUUGCUGUGGAGUUUAUGAUAAGGAAUUUACAGAUGUUCCCGUUUCUUUUAUUCAUGGAAAAAUAACACUACAGCCAGCUGUUUUCUUGUACUUAUGAUGCAAACUUGCUUUUUUCCUUUUCUUUUUUAUACUUUUAACGGACAAAUUAUUUAUAUCAUUCUUCUGCAAGCUUUUGCCUCUUUUCCAACAGAGUAAAUUUUAUUUAUAAAGAUUUCAUUAUAAAGUCAUUGGUCCAU